GUGACAUCUGUCAGCGAGAGCAGAGGUCGGCUGGGGAGCACCCAGAGCAUAUAAAGGGUGAGAAGCAGGAACAGGAGCAGUGUUUGCUGGGCAAGGGCAGCUCACAGGUGCCAGCCGAGGUGUGGUGGCAAUGGCCUCGCAGCCGGUGAUCACGAUGCAGCCCCAGUUCACGGCCGCGCCACAGGUGGGGCAGUGGCAGACAGGGAUGCUGGACUGCUGCUCCGACUGCGGUGUCUGUCUGUGCGGGGCGUUCUGCUUCCUCUGCCUGAGCUGCCAGGUGGCAGGGGACAUGGAUGAGUGCUGCCUGUGUGGCAGCAGCGUGGCCAUGAGGACUCUGUACCGCACCAAAUACAGGAUCCCGGGAUCCAUUCUGAAUGACUGGUGUGCAGUCCUGUGCUGUUCUUACUGCUCCCUGUGCCAGCUGAAGAGAGACAUCAAACGGAGGAAGGACAUGGGCAUCUUCUGAUGCCACCCGCCUCACCAUGCCCGGCAGAACGGCUGCAGGCAGGAUCUGCCACUGCCCUAGUGCCCGGGCAGGGCUCUUGGGCAGGACCUUCCCACCCAGGCAGGUCCCUCCCUUGGGAAGCAGUGGCAAUAAAAAUCAGUUUUGCCUUCA